AUGCGCCAGCUUACCGACGAUGAGAUGACGACGGUGUUCGAGAAGAUCAGCAAGUACAUUGGCCGCAAUGUGCAGCACCUGGUGACGCGUCCUGAUGAGAAGUACUGCUUCCGUCUGCAUGGCAACAUCGUGUACUAUUGCAGCGAAAAGCUCAUGCGCCAGUCCACCAACGUUGGCACGGACGAGCUGCUGAGCAUUGGUACGGCCGUGGGUAAGCUCACCAAGACCAAGAAGUUCCACCUGCGCAUCACCUUCCUGGAUUACCUGGCUCAAUAUGCCAAGUACAAGGUCUGGAUCAAGCCUAACUCGGAGAUGUCCUUCCUGUAUGGCAACAAUGUCGUCAAGUCCGGUCUAGGUCGUAUCACGGAGGGCACGCCGCAAUACGCUGGUGUAGUCGUGUAUAGCAUGAACGAUAUCCCGCUGGGCUUCGGUAUCGCAGCGCAGGCAACAGAGCUGUGCAAAGACCUGGAACCCACGGCUUACGUGGUGCUGCACCAAGCAGACAUCGGCGAGUACCUGCGCGUUGAAGACGAAAUGUUUUAA